AUGGCCGGUACACGAAAUUACGAUUUUUUGAUCAAACUCCUGCUCAUCGGUGAUUCCGGCGUUGGGAAAUCUUGCUGCCUAUUGCGCUUCAGCGAGGAUUCGUUCACCCCAUCUUUCAUCACAACAAUUGGAAUUGACUUCAAAAUCCGGACGAUAGAACUCGACGGCAAACGGGUUAAGUUGCAGAUAUGGGAUACGGCUGGACAGGAGCGAUUCAGGACGAUUACCACGGCUUACUAUCGCGGCGCCAUGGGAAUACUUCUGGUCUACGAUGUGACCGAUGAGCGGUCUUUCAACAACAUCCGAACAUGGUUCUCAAACGUUGAACAACAUGCAAGCGAAGGAGUUCAUAAAAUGCUUAUUGGCAACAAAUGCGACUGGGAAGAGAAGAGGGCCGUAUCGACGGAGCAAGGCCAGCAGUUAGCCAAUGAACUAGGCAUCCCGUUCCUCGAAGUCUCCGCCAAGAACAAUAUCAACGUUGAAAAGGCUUUUUAUACACUCGCAUCUGAUAUCAAGAGAGUCAUGGACACAACUAAGUCUGAACAAGCCGGCUCCCAGGGUGUUAUUAUAGACCAUCAAGGCGGCGGGGCAGGCAGUAACCUUGGGGGGAAAUGUUGUUAG